CAACACUACUAUAUAACAAAUAAUUUGAGAACUAAAUGAUAUCAUGGCGAUGCUAUUUGACCAACCGCUUGACGACUUUUCUAUGGACGACCUAUGUGGAUAUAACAACACGAUCAUCGAUCAAAACUUCUGGGAUGCUGAGGAGAACAAGUUCAAUCUGGGACCACUUCUCCCGACCCCGCCCUUAUCUCCGGAUCAGCAGCUACAACUGAAACAGGAGGCCGAGGCCAUGGAACCCUGGUCCACUGAUGCUGAAGUAGAAUGCUACUUUUCUCUCAACCAGAGCCACAACAUUGUCCUCAACGACAGGAUCUGGUGUGACGAGAAGAUCCUGACUCCAACUGAAAUGCUAGACAACAGUCUAAAACUGAUGACCCCGAUAAUGGAUGACAUGGUGCUGAACCCAGCCCGGAUCCGUCCCAUCACCCCUCUAACCCCCAUCAAGCAUGAAGUAAACCACUCAACUCCCCUCAAAGUUGACGAGUCCCCGAUGAAGAAACAACGCCAAGCCCCUAAACCUCUACAAGCCCCUAAAUUCCGACUUGAAAGGUUUCCAAUUGUGAAGAUCAAGGAUGAACCUGUGUCUCCGACCAUCUCUUCCCCACGGUGUUUCUUCGCACCUCCACCUCUAAAGAUGACCACUGAAUCCACCUUCCCGGAUCACAGCUCCAGCAUGACCACAGUGGAGAUCAAAGAGGAGCCCCUGGAGUAUGUGCCACCCAUUAAACCCGACACAAGGAUUAGAGUCACCGUUAAAAAGGAGCCCUCCUUCGACUUCACAGAAAACAGUCACUCAGAGCUUGUUUUGAAGGAGCCAACGCGGAGUCCGAGAGGGCGGAGCGCGAAGCGACAGUUACAGUGUUCGAGCAGCAGCAGUAGCAGUAGUUCGAGUAAAAUUCAAGAUGUAACGAUAGAAGAGAGACCGGUAAAAACAGAAAGAAGGAGCUCCUUACGAUCAUCCGACUCAUUUUCAGGAGAGGAAGAGGAUGAGAUGAUAUAUCUGAAGAGAAAAUUGGCUGAGAUCUCAUCGGACAGUGCUCUAAGUUCGUCAGACGACGGUCUACUUUCCCCAAAACGACGGAUAUCACAGUCGCGUCAUCCCCACAACAACAGCAAUCUUGCGGAGGAAGCAGCUUCUAAACUCUCCCUAGAGCAGCUGAAGAAUCUCUCAGCGAACCACUCCCAUGAUGAUGAUGAGAUAUGCAGCGAGAACUGCACUAAGCGGUUCGCGCACAAUGUCCUCGAGCGCAAGCGCCGCAACGACCUCAAGGACAGCUACAAGCGCCUGCAAGCAGAGGUGGAACCCAUCAGUGGAUCUGACCGGGUAUCGAAAGUGAUAAUAUUGAAGAAAUCUGCUGAGUACAUUUCGGAAGUGGAGCGUGAGGAGCAGGAAUCAAGAGAGGAACUGAAACAGCUGAGGAAGCACCAAAAACACUUGAUAAACAAGUUCAAGCAGCUGUUCAGACUUACCCAACAGAACUCUAGUAACACAUAGGUGAAAUACGUAACAUUUAAUAUUAGGUGAAUAAAUCGUGUACCAUAUUUUAUUAUAUCUAUGUAAAUAAUGUUUUUGUACGACCUAAAGAUGAAAGAUUCGAGUUGAGUGUUUUUUCAUACCAGUCAUGUUUGUUCGUUUAUAUUUGGCCUUUUUCAUUUUGACUUACCCCUAGAAUCGUACUUUCCAUAUGCAUAGAGAUAUUAUUAUUAUCAAGAUCAUUUUAUCAAUUCAUUUACUCAGCCUGAUGAUGACUGAUGAUAUUACACAUCUCGGUUAUCCAUAACUUAUUAAAUAUGAGAACGUAUUACAUCUGACCACACCGUCAGGCUUGUUUAUCAUAACUGUUUAAAAUAACUUAUUGUUUUAAAAUUUUAGCUUUUGUUUCGGUUAAGCUUAAACCAUGAAGCAGAGGGAUUGUUUUACGCUGUAUUUCAACAAAAUAUAAUUUUGUUGUGUUACUUACUGUACAGAUUAAUUGUUUCCGUUUGCUUCGUGGUAACAUUUAAAAGACGCAUUUAACAACGUAAGUUGGUGUCCAAUAUUAUUCUGGCUCCUUUCAGAAAUGUAAUAGACUGAUCGGAUAUUUAAGAAUAUUUCCAAAUGAUCACUAUUCUGAAAAGGGCUGUGUCGCUUCGUCAGUCCAUUUGCUGGCAUGCUCAUUCUCCAAUGAUGUCUACAUGCCAUAAUUUUAAGUUCAGAUAAAUUAUACAAUUUCUGUAGUACUUUCUUGUAUCUUUGGGUACAAAACAGUAAUGAUCGAAUGGCAAGAUAACCAUUUUUCGUUGAUGUUAAAAGUUUUAUCGGGCAUAAUAAUAACGACCGUAAAUUGAACGGAGCAUAUUGUUUGUGGACUGACGAGGCUAAAUUACUUUAUUCAAUCUUCUAUUCUCUGGAGCCAGUUUUUAGAUUGUUCACCCAUUUCAUGCAAGCUUUUCAAACCAAACCGGUGCAAGGAUGAACGUCACAUAAUAUAAUUCUUUCAACGCUCCCAAUGCAAUCAAUACAAUUCCUGCAAAAAUUCGAAACAUUUCUCGAUUUGAAGUGACGUUCGCCAAAAGAUGCAUGAGAGGGUGACAGUCUGAAGAAGAGGGUGGCUCCAGCGUUAGCACUAUUUGAUCAUUUAAUCGGCAUUGUGUACCUGUUAAUUCAUAAUUGCCAUUUGAGCAACAUUUUAUGUGUUAAUCUCUGAACUGCAUGCAGCAAUCCGAAGACAUUAUCAUUGACCAGAUCUAAGGAAUGCUAUUGUUCGUUAUUUUCGUGAAAUGAAUACUGAUUUUUACGCAAAAUAGCUGGAUCCCGACGGUACUAUAUAAUGUUUGAUUAUUGACGGCACGAUUGUUUGUCUUCUAGUGGUUUGUUUCAGGAUGCUAAUCUUGGGGGUAAAGUGAUCUAUUUUCAUGUUAUCAACUCCAAAGAAUUAGCAAACUUAUUAAUUUAUUGUAUAAAAUAACUUUAGAGUAGAAGUAGAAGGCUUUAUUUAAAAAGCAAAUUUGAAUUUGUUGUGUGUUGAUACACAUCAUACAUUACAAUCUUACCGUGAUGUUACCUAACUAGAACUGGGAAAAAGAUUUUUUGACGUGACCCAGUCAUAAUUCUCGGUUAAAACGGUUAGGAUGUGCCACGUUUUUACUUAGCCUGUUUAUCAUGCAAAACUAAAGGGAGUUAUGAUAUUAGUGACAUUUAUACAUUCAUUGCAUUGUCGAAGAAUCUUAUCUAGGUUAUUGUUUUUCUACACUAGGAACUUUCAAGAAUGGGGCUGCAUUUAAAGUAUCAUGUUAAAAGUUACUCAUUUAUAAUUAAUGAGAAAUAUUAAUCCCUCCUUAAAUUGAUUGGCAUACAUAAUUGUUCGCUGUGUGAAUCCUAGUCUGGCUGUUUGCUGAAUAAUGUUUGGUUCAAAAAUUCGAUCGUCCUCAUAAUACAAUUGGACUUGGAUAUUGAAAAGAAAUUCCUGGAACUUGAAAUUUUGUCCCUGAACCCACCAAUUUAGUAUUUAGAACAAGAAAUUAACGUUUUUUGAAAUUACAAAAACCAACAUUUUUUCUGCACUCAUAAAUUAUGAUGAGAUUACCUGAAAACCAGUAUAUUUUUAGCGACUCAUCGCACAGUUAUAGGACAGCAGUAAAAUUCAUCUCCAAAGGGUGUGGUACACGCCCAUUUUCCAGUAAAUAUUAAAUAUUUGCCUAAGAUAACAGAAAAAAUCACACCUCUCCCACCACUUACGUAGUGUAAAAGUUUUACAAAAUUUAGUCGGGUAUACCACGGUGUAAAACACCGUACCACCACUCAAACACAUGUGUUAACUCACGAAACAGUUUAAACCAGCUAGAGUAGGAUUCGAUUGAAGCAGCAAAGUUUAAAGUUAACUCUUACAAAUAACUUAUGUUUGACUUAUGGUAUUAUAUGUGUUCUCGUUUAUUGUAUACGAUAUUAUAAUCAUUUCAGCUUAGUUC